AUGGGGGAUUCUGGCAGCGCCGGACAGGCGGGAGACUCCGGCAGCGCUGGAAUGAAGGACGCCUCCAGCAGAGCCGGACAGGCGGGAGACUCCGGAGUGAAGGGCGAUUCUGGCAUUGCCUGGCUGACUGACGGCUCUGGACAGACUGGCGGCUCUAGCAGCUCCGGACUGACGGGAGACUCUAGCAGCUCAGGACAGACGGGUGACUCUAGCAUACCAGGACAGACGGGAGACUCUAGCAGCUCAGGACAGACGGGAGACUCUAGCAGCUCAGGACAGACGGGAGACUCUGGCAGCUCUGGACAGACGGGAGACUCUAGCAGCUCAGGACAGACGGGAGACCCAGUAGGCAGAAGACCGAGAGACAGCCUGGUGCGGGGGGCUGCCACCGGAGGGCUGGUGCAUGGAGGUGGCACUGGAUAG